AUGAUGAUGAAUGAAAUGCAUUGGAAAGCUACAACAAUUCUUAUAUGUGCAUAUGGAAUAGUGAAAGAAUUUCGGCCAGCAACACCUUUCCUUACACCGUACCUGGUUUCAUCUUUCAAAAAUUUCACUGAUGUUGAAUUGUACAGUGAAAUUUAUCCAUUCUGGACAUAUUCAUAUUUAUUUUUUUUAGUGCCAAUAUUUUUUUUAACUGAUAUUUUACGAUAUAAACCGAUUAUUGUAUUAGAAGCUCUUAGCUUGUUUGGUACUUGGGCGCUACUUUUAUGGGGUAAAACGGUAUGGCAUAUGCAAAUUAUGCAAAUCUUAUUCGGUUUAUCAUCAGCUGCUGAAAUAGCUUAUUAUUCGUAUAUGUACGCUGUAGUUAAUCAAAAAUAUUAUAAACUUAUCACAUCAUAUAUACGAGCUGCUGCUUUGGUUGGCAAAUUUUUUGCUUUUGGUUUUGCUCAAUUUCUUAUAUCAUUUGAAUAUGGUUCAUAUCUUCUUUUAAAUCAGAUAUCAUUUGGUGCAGUUUGUAUAGUUCUUGGAAUUGCUGCUAUUCUACCAUCAAUACCAUCUAAGAUAGCUAAUAAUAAAGUUGUUGAAAGUGUUGAUGAUACACCUAAACUUUCUCAUAUUCCAACAAAUUAUGAAGAAGGAUCACGAAAUGAUCAACGAAAUUUUGAAGAAAGAACAGCUUUAAGUACUAAUGCACCAAAUGUUGAUCAUGGAAUAGUUGCCUAUUUUCGCUCCAUUUGGUAUCAUUUUAAAAUUUUCAAACGAGAUAAGAUUGUCCUAAAAUGGAGCAUUUGGUGGGCAUUAACUAGCUGUGGUGUUUUUCAGGUUAUGAACUAUGUACAAACAUUAUGGGCUACAAUGCAAACAUCUUCUGAUAUUUAUAAUGGUAUUACUGAAUGUGCUAAUACUUUUAUUGGAGCAUUUAUAAGUUUUUUGGUACAAUAUAUGAACGUGAAUUGGUCAAAACGAGGUGAACACGUACUGCUAGUAACGUCAGCGUUUAUUGCUAUUCUACUUAUUAUUAUGUCUCAAAUAGAAAUUGUCUACGUAACUUACGUGUUAUAUGUUAUUGUGAUAACCAUUUAUAAUUUACUGAUAACGGUUGCAAGUGUGAAUAUAGCAAUGCAAUUAGAUUCUGCAAGUUAUGGAUUAGUAUUUGGUUGGAAUACAUUUUUAGCAUUAUUAUUACAAACUAUUCUUACAUUUGCAGUAGCAGAUAAACAUGGUUUCUCGUUAUCAAUUCGAACUCAGUUUUUUGUUUAUGGUUAUUAUUUUGCUCUGGUUUCUAUUAUGUUUGCUGUAAUACUUGGCUACAAAUUUAUGAAAUAUUUAUUUUGUCAUCAUCGUUCAAUAUCUGAACCAAUAUCCACCACUACUGCUCAUCAUACAACUACUCUCUAA